AUGCUCUGCGGAAUGUUGAGCCUCGGGUCCCUCCAUGGGGCCGGGUACUUUGUGCUCCAGGCCCUGCGCGUCUGCACCGUCAUCACCCUUCUCGCCGCCGCCGCCGGCUGCUGGGUUCUCAUGAUCCAGGUGGACAAGUACAAGUCGUUUUUCGUCUUCCAGUGCAUGUCGCUAUUCUUCACCUCCAUGGGCUGCCUCUUCAUCAUCAUGGCCGAGUUUCCCGUCAUCAGAUUCAUCCGCAACUUUUACCGCGACUCCUGGCCAGUUCUGUCCGACUCUCACGGCGUCGCCUGGAUGGGCGCCGCCAUCAUCAUCAUCGGCUGCCACAUCCUGGGAUCAUUGAACGAGCAGGGCUACGACACGGACGCCUUUUCUGGUCACUUUUCCAAGCUCGUACUCUCCGCGGGCAUCCUUUGCAUCAUCUUUGGCGCCCUCAACAUCAUCUGCGCCCUCGUCUGGCGCGACGCCAAGCAAGGCAUCACUUCGCGCGACAUCCGUGCACACGGCUCGCUGGCGGCCGAUUGCACCACCCUCCCCAGCUACAGCGCCAGCCCAGCCUCAUCUGUUCGCAACGAAAAGACCAAGAGCAAGUUCAUGAGCAAAAUCUUCAACCGCGGCGCCGACAACGACAACAGCGAACACGCCGGGCGGCCCAUCAUCAGCGGCCCGUUUACAGGCGGCCAGAACCAGACUGGUACCACGAGUCCUAUUAUCCCUGGGCUUAAGCGACCCGACACGGCCUUGCACCCAAUGCAUGGCCGCCGGGCCAGCAGUCACUAUUCCGUUGCGGACCAUCUUCCCCGCCACUGA